AUGACUUUAAACUUAGCAAGAAAGGAUGGUGGACCGGGCUACGUUGGCAUACAGUUCUGUCAGGAGUGCAACAACAUGUUAUAUCCGCGGGAAGAUAAAAACAACAAAGUUUUGCUAUACGCAUGUAGAAACUGUGAUUACAAGCAACUAGCCGACUCAAAUUGCGUGUAUGUCAACAAAAUUAUGCACGAAGUCGACGAGUUAACUCAUAUAAAUCCUGAUGUUGUUAGCGACCCGACCCUUCCACGCACCAAGGAUCACAUGUGCCCUAACUGCAACAACAGAGAGGCAGUAUUCUUCCAGGGACAGACAAGACGCGCUGAAGAAGAGAUGAGACUUUAUUAUGUAUGCACAAGUUGUAAACACAGAUGGACUGAGUGA